GCUUAUAGCAGCUUGUCUAACGACGGUUUGAUUAUUUUCAUUAUCAUCUAAUGAUUGAUACAAUCUGCUGCUGCUGCUGAGAGUGGCCAGUUUCCAGAUCUUAAAAAAAAACUGCAAAAGGAUAAAAGAAAAAUGGACGUCUCAUUACAAUAGCAAGUGGAAGAGAUCUGCUGCCAUGACCACUUCAACCACCCCUCCCCACCUCACUGUGCCACCUCACACUGCACCACAACUUUCCUCAGACAGUGAAGAGCCGAGCAGGGAUGACCUAAGUGUGCCCCGAUUAAAUCCUCAUCAUUGGCUCAAUAUGAAUAACAGCAAUAACAAUGAAGAGGAGGAGAAGGAGAAAAAGAAAAAGGAGAAGAAAGAAAAGAAGGAGAAGAAGAAGAAGGAAAAAGAAGAAAAGGAGGCAAAGGAGAAGGAAGAACAGGCGGCAAAAGAAAAGGAGGCAAAGGAAAAGGAGGCGAAGGAAAAGGAGGCAAAGGAAAAGGAGGCGAAGGAAAAGGAGGCAAAGGAAAAGGAGGCAAAGGAAAAGGCAAAAGAUAAGCCCAAAGAAUUAUUUGUCAUCAAUCCUGCUGGGAGUUUGUAUUACAACUGGCUGUUCUUCAUCACACUACCAGUCAUGUACAACUGGACCAUGAUCAUAGCCAGGGCUUGCUUUGAGGAGCUGCAACACAACUACCUCAUUUACUGGGUUAUUCUGGACUACACUGCAGACAUAAUGUACCUCGCUGAUAUGUUUUUCAGGACCAGAACAGGUUACCUUGAGCAAGGCCUGAUAGUGAAAGAUGAGAAGCUGCUCAGGGACCGCUACAUCAGCAGCUUCCAGUUCCGUCUCGACUUUAUCUCCAUGUUGCCCACGGACAUCCUAUAUUUAUACUUCGGCCUUGACUACCCAGAGAUCCGCCUCAACAAGCUGCUGAGAAUCGGCCGCAUGAUGGAGUUCUUCACGAGGACGGAGACGAAAACCAACUACCCCAACAUCUUCCGUAUCGCAAACCUGAUCAUGUACAUCCUCAUUAUCAUCCACUGGAAUGCUUGCUUCUACUUCUCUUUCUCCAAGUACAUUGGUUUUGGUGCUGACGACUGGGUUUACCCUGCUCUGGAUGAUCCUGAGGAGCCUGCGUUUGGGGAGCCCAUGAGGAAGUAUUCGUUCAGCCUCUACUGGUCCACGCUGACCCUGACUACCAUUGGAGAAACUCCACCACCUGCCCUGGACUCUGAAUUUUUCUUCCACGUGGUUGACUUUUUAGUUGGGGUCUUGGUCUUUGCGACUAUCGUAGGAAACAUCGCCACCAUGAUCUCUAAUAUGAACGCUGCCCAAGCUCAGUUUCAGGCUCGGAUUGACAACAUCAAGCAGUACAUGCAGGUCCGCAAGGUCAGCAAGGAUCUGGAGUUGCGAGUCAUCAAGUGGUUUGACUAUCUGUGGAAUAAUGGCAAGGCACAGGACGAAAGAGAGGUGCUGAGGUAUCUUCCAGACAAGUUAAAGGCUGAGAUUGCCAUCCAGGUCCACAUGGAAACGCUGAAGAAAGUUCGGAUUUUUGCGGACUGCGAGGCCGGCCUGCUCAUCGAGCUGGUGCUCAAGCUGCGGCCGCAGGUGUUCAGCCCCGGAGACUAUAUCUGCAAAAAGGGCGACAUUGGCCGCGAGAUGUACAUCAUCAAAGAUGGAAAGCUCGCAGUUGUUGCUGAUGAUGGGGUCACACAGUUCGUUGUGCUGGGGAGCGGCAGCUAUUUUGGUGAGAUCAGUAUCCUUAAUAUCAAAGGCAGCAAAGCAGGCAACCGGCGAACAGCCAACAUCCGCAGCAUUGGAUACUCAGACCUCUUCUGCCUGUCCAAGGAUGACCUGAUGGAGUCACUGGUAGAGUAUCCAGAUGCCAAAGGUAUGCUCGAGGACAAAGGCCGGCAGAUCCUGAUGAAAGAUGGCCUGAUAGACUUGGACCCAGCUAACAUCAUGCCUGAGGCCAAGGAGCUGGAGGAGAAGGUCAACAAACUGUACAGCACGAUGGAGCUGAUGCAGACCAAGCUGAAGAAGAUUCUGGGAAAUUACAAGACCACAGACAAGGUGCUGAGACGUCGCAUCGCAGAUCUGGAGCUCCAAACAGGAGAGGAGGUGGAAGAUGAGGAUGAGGAGGAAGGAGAGGUGAAAAAGGAAGAGAAAGAGGGGGUAGGGGAAAAGAAGGAAGAAGAAAAAAUGGAAGAGGGGGAGAGAGAUGGGGAGAAAAAGGAAGAUGAGGAAAAGGGCGAAGAGGAAAAAGAAGAGGAGAAAAAAGAUGAGGAGCCCACAGAGGAAGAGAAAAAAUAAAUAGUUUCUGUAAAGCACAGAGCACUUAUUGUCUAAUUAGCCACAACAGAAUCUUUCUUUCUGACUGGACUUGCAUCUCAUGUGAGAUAAUUAAAUCAUUAAAAACUGCAAAAGACAAAAAAAUAACAAACACUAGAAACUGGCUGACAGUUGCCAAUGACAAUUUAACAUAACAUUAACAUUCAAUUCAAAUAAAAUAUUGGCUUCAGUACAGUCCUUUUUACUGUGUUUUUCGUGCACUUCAUAUACUGGAAAACGCUCUGCUAUUCACUGGCCUGCAGUGCACACUGUUGAACACACGAGGUUAGUAAAAAGCAAGGAUGUACAGGUAAUCCCAUGACAUACAGUAGCUCUGCAGGACGAGUGGGAAGUAGUUCAGCUUGUGAAGCUCUGGGACCGAAGCACUCUGUGCAAAAUGUUAUGUUAAUCAAUACCUGAUGAUGGGGGUGAUUAAAGCAGAGCAGUGAACAGGGUUUAUGCUUAGAUUUGACCAUGAUCAGAUUCUGGCAGUGCCUCGCGUCAUUGGGAAGGUUGUUCCGUGUAUGUCCAGCUGAAAUACUGUCAAACCCCUCAGCGACUGUAUGAGACGCACCAGGCUUUUCAGCUAACUGCACAGUAACUGUCAUUAUUAAUACUGUGCAGGUGUUUUCCUCUCAACGGAGGACGACAUGCUGUGCUGUGCACCAGCUGCAUACAUGUCGCAUUAUUCCCUCCUGCAAAAAAUGACUUAGCUGUCACACCUUCGAGGAAGCAGAGAUGGCUCCAACACACAGCCGUCACCACACCGGGCAUGUGGAAGGAAGCCACAGUGAGCAUUGUGGGCUGAACAAUCACCAAAUGUAAGCAGUGACAUCGCUCACAAGUUACCUUUUCACUGUUAUUUUUAGGGUUGGAAGAAGGAAAAUGUGCUUAACAGUAUUACAGUAUGCGUCAGAGAGGUUGGCUCUCUUUUGUCAUUGAGCUCGUUCCACGUUUCAGUCUGUGUUCACACCAAACUACAUAACAGCUGCUGUGACAAUCGUUUAUUUGAAAAAAGUCAUCAGUGUGGCUUGAGUGACUUUCCUUUUUCCUUAAUUGAACACAGAAGUCAUCUAAUGUUCAACAACAGUCCAUUAAGAAAGACACCUGGUGGGAAAUCACAUGGCUGGAAAGCGUUUGUGCUUGAAGGCAGAAGCUUUCAUUCACUGGAGAGACAGAAACUACUGGACGUGCUGGGAGUUUCCCAUUCGUUCAUUCAUUUGUGCACGUGUGUUAGCGUGUGUGCACAUGUGAACAUGCUUGAUGUGGCUCAGAAAAGACAUAAAGAACAAAGAGUUCACAUCAAAAGCACACAAAUCUUCCUCCCUCGUCGGCGCUGUGCAUGCACAUACAUCACCGCCACACUUCGCCUGCAAACAGCAUCGAGCAGUUUACGCUCAAAGCCAGACGCCUGGGGGAAGAAAAGAAAUGCCAUGCACUUACUCUCUUCUAGAAAUAACAGCGUGAGAGCCUCCGAGCAUGUGACUAUUGAUCACCCUCUGUGCUUGUCUCACUCAGCGCUGAUGACCAGGUGGCACCAGCACAUCCACGGGCUCUAAUGCAUUAAUCAAGUCUUUGAUAAAGCCAAACCGAGAAGAAAAGCUACCAAUGGUUUGUGACAAUUGGCACGGCUGAAUGAGACAGAUACUGAUGUUGGGGAUUUUCUUGGAGGAGCUGCGUGCGUCAUCUCUUCAAUCACACCUAUGUGACACUUAAGAACGAAUGUGUUUGCACAUGUGGGAGUAUUGUGUUCCUAUUAUAUAAAUGAAACAUGUGAAAAACUGUUUUUUAUGUCCAACGUCUACGUCAUUGGAGGCCCCACAGGUGCUGCGUGCACUGUGUGUCAGCAGUGUUUUAGCUUGAACUGAUAUUCAAACCAAUAGUUAUAAUCUACUCUCACUCUUGUUUAGAGUGUUUUCCUCUGGUGCUUUGGUAUCAGACUGUGAGCACAAAGUUUUGUGAUGCAUUUCUUCCAGCGUCUGCUCUUUUUUUUCAACACUGUUUCCUUGAAAUUCGGUUCAUGCAUCACUAGACCGUUUUCACAGCUAUGUCGCGGUGACAAACUGCCGGCCGGAUUAUGUUCACAGGGAAGCACAGGUGGUCGGCGUGGAUGGUGGACGGACACAGUGCAGCACUUUGACCCCAGAGAGGGAAGUUUGCUCCCUGAGUCUCGUCUCCACAGACGCAUUCAGGCAGCAAAGCGCUGUGGUUCAGAUCAGAGAUAAACUGUGGUUUUGGUGUGUCUGUCUUUCCGUGUGAAACUGACCAGGACGUGCUUGAACACGACCAUGAAAGGUUUGAUAAGUUUGAUGUGUUCACAACAUGCAGAUAUUGUUUUUUAAGAUAUUUUGGCUUAAACAAAUGUCUGCUGGAUAUACUACUGAUCCGUCCAGUAUCUUGUCAGAUGCAUUAAUCAGCAACAGUCACUCUUUAUGUUAAUGGAAAACCUAAUCCAGGCGCUGUCAUGCUUCCUUCAAAAUGUAUUUGCUGUUGCAAAUGACUGGUAUAUAAUCAUAAUAUGUAGAGACAGUGUUGUCUGUUUUCAUUACAGCUUUACAGUGUACUCUAAUGCUUUUUUAGUUGUCUCAGGGCGACCCUGAGCUCACCCCUGCGGCUUUAUAUCAAUGUUGGUAAAUGUUGAUUACGUA